AUGAGUAUUUCCAUCACACAGACACUUCAGAAGAAAAAUGAAGGAAAGAGAGGAUUCAGGGCGCAGAGGGCGUAUGAUUAUCUUUAUGAUCCAGUUUUCACCGUAUCAGGAGCGAUGGACCAUGCCCGAGCAAGCUAUAGGGCUCAGGGGUCUGUGGACCGCCUGAUGAAGAUUCCUGAGUUUAAGUCCAUGUUCAGUAAUCUCCCACACCACCCACGGUUAACCCUCCGACUGCGUGCUGCCGAUCCUGUUCCUGCUUUCAUCGACCGGCGCUGGAGAGGACUGGCUGAGCAGAGAAAAGAAACACUGCAUACACUAGGGCUGCUGCCAGGAGUUCAGCUGCACAAACCCAAACCCGAGGACGUCUCUGGAGCUGACCGAUGGAAGUUUUUUAAGCGGCCUCUCAUCCCCUUUGCUCAACAGAUCCCACCUGAUGUUAUUUUUGCAUUACCCAAAGGUGACCCCCACACCACUCAACAGGAAGGCUCAGAGUUGAUGGGAAGCUCUUUUCAGCGCACAGUGGGGGUUCAGACAGAUUACCGUGACAGCGAGACUCAGACCGAUCCUUACAGUCCUGAAUACACACUAUGUCCAGGAGUAGCGAUCCCAGAAAUCCUCACUCUGGCCUCAUUCUCUUGGGGUCACGGGCUUCCUGCUGGCCUGGAUGAAGUGGAGAUGAUUGAAAGAGCAAGGAAGAAGAGAGCCUGGGAGGCCUCACUACCACCUCUGAGUGAUCCUAUUCAGCUGGACAAGAGGAAGAGGAUGAUGGAGGAGAUGGAGAGGAAGGAGUGGGCUUUCAGGGAGCAGGAGAUUGAGAAGCUGCAAGAGGCUCGUUUGGCUCUUCUGUCACAGUUUUUACAGGAGAGAGAGUCACAACAGAACAAGGUCAAAGUACAGCAGUUGGAUGAACGUUUUUCCAAUAUGCAAAAAGAGAAAGAAGAACGACUCCAGAGAAUACGCAAAAACUACAUGCUGUCUUUGCGAAAACUCGUGGCCAAUAGGAAGGCCGUGGAAGGGAAGCUGAUUAGGCGAGAUAUUGUCAACGAGUUUGUGGAUAAAAGCUCCCAGACUUACGCGCCACUCUCCCGGCACGGAGUCUUCCCUGAUCGACAGUCACAGAGCAGCGUCAUCAAGAGCCAUUUCCUCGAUAACUACCAAGGUCUACUGGAGCUGGAGGCUGCUCUUCCAUCUUCGGUCCUGGAGCCACAAAUAAAAGCCCCAAGGCAAAAAAAGAAAGGUUUCAUCAGUCGCUCAGACCGCCGGGAAAUUGAAUUAAUGAAGACUCAUCAGGCAUUGAAAGACAAGAAGGUCCAAGUGGAAGAAAAGAAACCUCUACGCUUCCUUUCUAGGGUGGAGAAACCAGUGCCUCGUCCCCCAACACCUACUGUGGAUGUGCCGCCUGAGGGAGAGGAGGAAAAGGAGCUCGCCGUCAUUUUUCUGCAGAAGUUGUUUAGAGGCAGAUCCAUCCAGAACCAGAUGUUAGAGGGCAUGGAGAAGCAACGGGACCUGAUCCGGGAGCUGCGUACCACCCACAGCCUGCAGCAGGAGGAGCAAGAACUGCAGAGAGCAGAUAAACAGGUCACACAGGCCCUGCAGAGGCAGGCAGAGAUUCGUGAGAGCAGGACAUCUCAGAUACAGAGCUUUGUGGACGGCCUUUCAGGGGAGGUGAUCGGCGACAUGCUGGACUUCCUGGCGAAGGAGCUGAUUCGCCUACAGGAGGAAAAAAGGAUCCAUGCUUUCAUGCUGCUGGCAGAAAGAGACCGCCGCCUUCGCGAGGCUGAAGAGAGUGGGAAGAGACAGAUGGAAGAGCAGAGACGGAGAGAGGAAGACGAGAUCUUCAGACAGGUGAUCAAGGUGCACCAGGCCACAGUGGAUCUAUACCUGGAGGAUGUGAUCCUGAACAGCGUCGAUCAAACAGCCGAGGCUCAGGCCAGAGAAGAAAUCCACCACAUGGCAGAGGAGCUCAACAACAUCACCUACGCCAUGGAGGAAAUGAGGAACUUUGAGCAGUCAGAGGAGAUUGUAGCUCAGCUUGUCUACAGCUUCCUCAUUCCUGACAUACACAAGAACAUUGCCCGUGAUAGAGUGAGGCAGAGUCAAAGGAGGCACUUGCAUGCAGCAAAUACCCUUAUCCACGGCCCCGACAGCUCCUCCACAACCCCUCGGCCUCUCUCUCCUUCGACCAGAGCCUCCACCUUGUUCGUUUCUCAGAUAGUCAAGCAGGUCGAGGAAGCUUCACACAACAUCAGUCAAAAUGAGGAGAAUGAUCACGCUGAUUAGGGGAUAUUAGUAAGGACUUUACUAAGGUGACUUAUGGAGAAUCAUGAAAUACGAUUCAUAUCAUGAGAUAUGCAGUGUGGACUCCCUGCUUCCUGCCUCACUGAUUGACUU